UUUUUUUUCCUGGGAAAACUUAUUCUCGAGAAAAUCACUGUCAAUCUGCGAGGGGGCGCGAGACCCUGAAAAUCGCCAUGGGAAACUCCCAUCAACCUCGCCGUCGUUCUGUCCAUCAAGCCCUUGGCGGUGGCUUCGUUGCUGAUUUGCUCCUGUGGAAGAAACGGACCGGAGGGGCUACGUUGCUGGUCGGCGCCACCGCGCUCUGGUUCGUCUUUGAGAGAGCCGGUUACAAUGUCCUCUCGUUUGUGGCCAAUGUGCUGUUGCUUCUUGUUGCGAUCCUCUUCUUGUGGGCUAAAUCUGCAUCUCUUCUUAACCGACCAUUGCCUCCCCUUCCUGACUUGGAGAUUUCUGAACAAUCUAUUGUUAAAAUUGCCGUUGUGAUGCAAGAGUGGGUGAACUACACCUUGUCUAUUGCACGUGACAUAACAGUCGGUCGAAACUGGAAACUCUUCCUUCAGGUAGCACUUGGCUUGUGGUUUAUCUCUUACAUUGGCAGUCUCUUCAACUUCAUUACUUUGGUUUAUAUUGGGGUCAUUCUUUCUCUGACAGUUCCCUUUUUGUAUGACAAAUACCACGAGAUUAUUGAUGAAAAAUUAUGUAGAGCUCAUAAAGCUAUUCAAGCACUGUUACUGCGAAUAGAUAGCAAUGUCUUGAAGAUGAUUCCCUUGACUUCAAACAAGGAAAAGAAGAUUCAAUAGAUCUAUUUCUGCUGCAGGUCAACCGAUUUACAAAUGGGAUUGGAGGAUUGUAAAGGGCUUGUCGACAUAGGAAGAUUUGGCUUUUUAUUGAUAUAUGAUGAAGCUGGCAAGUAGAACAAUGGGUAAAUAUUCUGACUGGAACUUUGUAGCAUGGUGUGCCAGAGCUGGAAUGACAUCAUUAGGUUUUAUAGAUCUUUUAAUUCUAGGUUUCACAACCUGGAUUGUUUCACUUCCUCAUUGUGAAAAGCAUGGUCUUGCUUCCUGCUUUGCUGAUUUUCGCUUGCCUCACUAGUUAUUUUACACCUUUCUCUUCUGGGGUAGGAAAAGUCAUAGGAAACAACUUUGCCUUUUCUUAUUUUAAUUCAAAAUUGGGAAUGGAGCUUCUUCUGGCCAUAUUCACUCUGUUUGUGGGUGGUCUUUCUGAUAUUGCUGUUGCUAUAGUGCUAGGCCUUUGCUGAGAUUUAUAGAAGUCUAUGGUUCCUACAUACGAAAUUUUUGGACAAGUUUUUAGCUCUCUCUCUCUCUCCCUCUCUCUCUCUUUAAGCACGCACAGCGCCUGUAUGGGACUGCAAGAUCAAUAUAGUACCAAAUUGGUGGACAUUUGUAUGGGUUAGAUUUGAAUUUUGUGAAAUCAGAGACAGGAAAUUUACUCUCAAUUUCUACAUUGUGAGAUACUUCUGGGACUUUUCGAUGCAGUUGACUUCACCUCGAUGUGCCGAGUGAGCUCUUUUAGCGAACUUAAGUACAGUGGCUCAUAUCUGUAUGCUUACAAUUUAAUUUGCUUCAGUAGUCUGUAUGCUUGAAAGAGUGCA